GAUGAUGAGAUAACCUCUGAUUCCACAUACAUACUACAAACAAAGGAAUAGAAAUAGUGGGACUUGAAAAUAACAAUGACGAAGCCAACUACUCUUGCUUUCCUCUCCCUUCUCUUCUUCGUUUUGUUUGUUGCUUCUGUGGAAUCAAGAAAAGACCCAUCAGGAAUGGUAGAAGGAUUUCAAAGCCUUCUCCAAGUGAAGGUUGAGAAUAAGCAGAAAUGUGAAGAGAAGAAGGUGAUUAUGGAAAAAGAGAUGAUUCUAGAAGAUUUUGAACAAAGUUCAAGUAUUACAACCAACAACAAUGACAAUAUUCAUUUUAGGUUGAAAAACAUUGAAUUUGAACCAAGACCAAGUGCUACUUCUUACAACAAUGAUAAUAUUCAUGCCAUGCUGACGAACAGUGAAUUUGAGCCAAGACCAAGUGCUACUGCUUACAACCAUGACAACAUUCAUGGCAUGCUGAAGAACAAUGAAUUUGAGCCAAGACCAAGUGCUACUGCUUACAACAAUGAUAAUGUUCAUGGCAUGCUAAAGAACAAUGAAUUUGAGCCAAGACCAAGUAUGACAGCUUACAAUAAUGAUAAUAUUCAAUCCAAGUUGAAAAAUAGUGGAUUUGAGCCAAGACCAAGUGUUACAGCUUACAACAAUGACAAUAUUGAUUCCAAGUUAAAGAACAUUAAAUUUGAGCCAAGACCAAGUGCUACUGCUUACAACAAUGAUAAUAUUGAUUUCAAAUUGAAAAACAGUGAAUUUGAGCCAAACCCAAAUGCUAUUGCGUUCAAUAAAGAAUUUGAACCCAUUCCAAGCCUCACCAAGUAUAACGAUUAGAUGGAUUAACGCACAAUUGGAAACUUGUGUGUAGUAACUUUCUUUGUAUCCAAUAAUAAAUAAUAUGGUGUUAUAUUUAUAUGCAUCGACAGAUCUUAAUUAGAAUAUGCAUGCUUCAUGGUUCAUGCUCAUUGAGCAAUAGCAUUUUGUUGGUAAAAGUUGUGUAAACUAAAAAGAAUAUGUGUAAUUUUAUGUUUGAAUGAUCAUGUUAAGAGAAAACAAAAUUA